AUGAAGCAAAUCGCCAGACGAUUCUUCCUCCUUGUUUUCUCCAUAAGCGCCUCCAAUUGCUAUCUCGGGACGCAGUUGGUGGUUGCUAUACCUGCCGACUCCGGUGCUGCUAAUAAUGCAAGUGAAAUUGCACCGAAUAUGUCGAGCUUAAAUGAGUCAAGGACCAAUAACGUCGAAAAUAUAAGUGCUAAAAUCAAGCAGUUUAAGUGGCGAGUUGGUAGUUCCUCAAGAUUGACUGCGAUUUAUGAUGCGGUUAAGUAUAGGAUAAAGAAACCUAUCUCCGAAAUCUAUGAUCAAUAUCUGGAGAAGUUGCUUCAGUUCGACGAUUUCGAGAAUGCUCUGAAAAGUCCUGAGAUGGAGGCUUUGAUUAACGUUCGCUUGAAGCACAAUCGUAAAGAAAAGAUUAGAAAUCUACGCUCGCUGAUCGCGCAACUUUCUGAAAAGUACGGGUACGACCUCGUGCUGAAAAGACUUCCUGAAUUGGCAUGGAGCGAAGAUUACAGCCAGCACAUGAUAAAGCACCAUAUACAAGAUGUACGACGUCAGAACUGGCUAAAAGAUAAUUUGUCUAUUGACAAAGUUAUCGAUCUGCUGCAGUUUGGUGACGAUCUUUCUGCAGACAUACAAAAUGGAAACUUGAACGAACUGAGAGAGUACAUCAUAUUGCGUGGCCGCGAGGAGUAUAAGAAUGCAGCGUUGCCACCUGAAUACGUCGAUGACAAACUGGUCACGAGUUUGAUAAGAAAAUUUGGUGGAGAAGGAAAGUUGAUGCAGCAACUUAGUAACGCAAGACUUUCAUUAGAAAAUGCUAGUAUUGUCGAUAGUUUAGAAGCCGCUUUCUUUCGCGAUUGGCUUCACGCAUCUGAUUCUCUUUUGUGGGAUCAAAUUGACAUAAGCAACGACGUUUUCAAAGCAUUAAUGAGCGGAAAUCUGGAGAUUGUUCAUAGAUAUUAUGCUCUUCGGUAUCCAGACCGCCGACUCCUUGCCGUUCAGACAUAUGUAAUGAGGUAUAAAGAGGAUGAAUUGAUGGUGGCACUUGCACUUAUGAAGCUUAAGCCGUCCAUGAAAGAAUUUGCAACAACGGUGCAGCAUGAGAUGUAUGAAUACUGGUUGACGAAAGGACCCCAUCAUUUAGAAGAUGUGAUUUCAUGGUUAAAAAUUGGCAUAGAAGACAAUCUCAUCAUCACCAUCAUAAAACUGGAGAUUUUGAGUCGCUUUAUCAUUUUCUUGAAACCUGACCCUCCCUUAGUGAGGGCAGAAAAUUUGUGGGACCUUGCCUACUUGGCCGGCAGAGCACUUGAAGAGCGUGAUACGGCGAAUUCAGAAUUGAUUGAAAAGUAUGAUCCGGUUCGGUUAGGAUCUGCCGCCACAAUUCUUCUAGACUUGAUUUUUGAUUUAUGGAGUUUCGAAAAUAUCCAGCCGCGUGAACUUCUCACCUAUUUAAAAAAAGACAUACAGGUUGGUAACGAAGAGACCACGAAGAAUUUAAUAGUCAAGAAAUACGAAAUGUUUAUUGAAGAGGAGAAUCUAAGGAGCAGGCCGUAUAAUGAUCCGAGAUAG